AUGGCAUCGAAUCAGGAGAGUCUUGGCGAUGAUAAAGGUGGUAGUCUUGCCAAUUUAUCCAAAUGGCAAGUAGCGUUGCUAUUAGGUGUGGGUGUUGGUGUUGGUGCAGCUUAUUACUACUAUCGGCGUGGUCAAAGCAGCAUUGCAGCGAGACAGCCUCAACAAGCGGAUGUUCAACCAGUUGUUAGCGAUGAAAAAUCCGAUCAAACAGAUGAUGCAAAUAUGUCAGCUAAAGAAAGAGCAUCUGCUGUCAAAGGCAAAGGCAACAAAUUUUUCAAAGGCGGCAAAUAUGAGCAAGCCAUUCGAUGUUAUACGGAAGCCAUUGAGCUUUGUCCUUCUUCUGAAUCUGAUAUCAGAUCGGUGUUAUAUCAAAAUCGUGCGGCAGCCUACGAGCAAUUGAAAGAAUUUGAUAAGGUCGUCGAAGAUUGCAACAGCGCUUUAGAACUAAAUAAGCACUAUGUUAAAGCCAUAAAUCGUAGAAGCAGAGCUUAUGAGGAACUAAAGGAGUACAGAAAAUGUUUAGAAGAUUUGACUGCUCAAUGCAUAUUAGAAAGUUUUCAAAAUGCAGCGACAAUCAUGUCAGCUGAUAGGGUCCUCAAGAUUGUCGGUAAAAUUGAAGCCAAGCAAAGAUUUGCGGAGCGUCAAUACUUUCUUCCAUCCACAGCAUUCAUUCAAACGUAUCUGGAAUCUUUUGCAAAUGGUAAGAAAAAUAAUGAUAUAAUUCUUUUUAAUUUUACGACAGCUUUUGAAGAGGAUGAUUAUUUCUUAAUUGCACGAUACAACCUAUCUCAAUGCAAUUAUGAAAACAUCAUUGACUACUGCACAAAAGAAAUCGAUAAAGAUUUUUCUCCGUACCGGGCUGAAGCUUAUGCAUUGCGUGGAACGUUAAGGUUAUUAAUGACUGAUAGUGAUAGCGCCUUGGAAGAUUUUGACAAAGUACUGGAAUUUGACGAUGGUAGUCCUAGGGUCAAGGUUAAUGCGUUAAUAAAAAGAGCGAGUUAUAAAUUGCAACAAGAAAAAACUAAUGAGGCCAUUGCAGACUUUUCCUCGGCAUUAGAGCUAGACCCAGAAAACUGCGAUAUCUACUAUCACAGAGGACAAGCUUACUUUCUUCUUGAGCGACUAUCAGACGCUAUGUUAGAUUUUCAGAAAAGCUAUGAAUUGAAUGAAAAUUUCUCUCAAGCAUAUGUUCACCUUGGUUAUGCGAGAUAUAAGUCGGCUGUAACGCAACAAUCACCUUCGCUUGUUGAGAAAUCAAUAAAAACAUUCGAAGAUGCUCUAGAAAAAUAUCCCAAUUCUGCUGAUGCAGUUAGUUUAUAUGCCCAAAUUUUACAGGAUCAGCAACAGCUGCAAAAAGCAGAUGAACUGUUUGAUAAAGCAAUAUCUAUACGUCCAAAUUUCCCGAGCUAUUAUGUUCAUAAAGGCGUAUUGCAAGUUCAGCUUAAGCAGGAUAUUGAAGCCGGCAUAAAAUUAAUUGAGAAGGCAAUAGAACUUGACAACAAAUGCGAUUUUGCCUAUGAAACCUUAGCUACUGUGGAAGUCCAAAGGGGUAACAUCGAUAGAGGUAUAGAGCUGUUCGAGAAAGCAUUAAACCUUGCUCGUGCAGAAAGUGAUCUAUCACAUACUUUAUCACUCUUGAUUGCUGCUCAAACUCAAAUUAAAGUAGGCAAAAACUUAGGAGUAUCCCCGAUGAUGCCGUUUUAA